CAUUCAUCUUUUCGAUCGAAAUCUUUCACAAACUACACCAAAAAAGCUUAUCAAAUUCAUAUUUGUUCUUUAUUCUUUAAGUGAACAAUUAUUUUUAUACUUCUUACACCAAUCAAAAUCUUCUCUUCCUAGUUCCCACUUUUUCCACACCGCUCAGCGAAGACAGCAAACCAACAUGGAGGGCCUCAAACAGUUUAAUAGUAAUAAUAAUAAUUCGAUAUUUAACUAUCCAUUGGACAACUAUACGAACUCCAUUCGUCCAGUGCAGAAGUCCAAUGUCUUGGCUGUUUGCCUUGUUAAUGAGGCCAGCAAGGGAUCUGAAUGCUAUGUUUAUUCAACUUUGGAAGGCAGAGGCCAGUGGCGGCCCUGACAUCCCUAUUAAUGAUUGCGCGACAAAGCUCACAGGCCUGAGUGGCAGAAGGGCCUGUGAGCCAAGUCGCCGGGCCGGUGUCUCGGAGGAGCAGAUUGCUAAAUUUGUAAGAGAGAUGAAGCAAUACCGCUCCUCGACCAACGAUGGUGCCGUCCACCCCCCACUUGUAUGUCUAGAAAAGGAAGAGGAAGAGCAACUGAAGGAUGUGAAUAUUGAGGCAACAUUGACGAUUACAUCGAAUGAUUCUAAAGAAAAUACUUGGCUUGGAUUUGUGUCCGAGGGUUCUUUGUUCUUGAAGGGUGAUGGAUGGGAUGAUAUGGAUAUUCGAGAGAGUGUCGUGGCCGCGCUUGACCUUGCGGAAGAGCAGCUCGGUUGUCGAUCGGUCCAUCUCUGUCUAGAAAAGAACAACCCCAAUCUUGCCAAACUCGUGCGCACCUUAAUGUACGCUGGGUUCGAGAUGGUGCAUCCAUCCAUUUUGGCAAAUGCGGAUCCCAAGUUUCUAGUCCUUGGUAUGGAUUUGUAAACCAAGAAAAGAAAGCAGUUUCUAGAAGAUUUUCCGUAAAUUCUUUAUUCCUAUUCUAUUUCUGUCUGCCUAUUUGCGGUGUUUCAUUGGAACCCUCAUUAUGUUGCAUGUAAAAUUUUGCAUGUAUUUUUUUUUU